AUGCACAUAGGCAAGGACACGCGCGUAGGUUGUCUAUAUUAUUGCAUCUACAAAAAAGUAACGAAUUUUGUCUAUUUAGUUAAUGUGACAAUAGUCCUACCAACUCGUACUCCUGUUCCUGUGACGCCGCCACAAGUUGCCGUUGACCCCAACGUAAUUACUAAAGAUGAAAGAAAAAUGGCCGUUUUUACCUGUCGGGUUGUCAUACCAGGAAGUAUCAAUUUACCAGAGGAACUACGAAUACGCUGGUAUUUUGGCGGCCGUAAAGUACAAGUUGGAAGUGAAGUCAUGGUGACGUCCGACGGCAGAACGUUGACGGUGAGGAAUAUUAGAGCAAGUUAUGCCGGUGACUAUGAAUGUCGAGUCUCAACGUCUGACGGGGUUUUCAGUGACAUUGGAAGACUGAUCGUUUACGUCACUCCAUCUAUUAGAACUGAUCCUAAAGUCGUUACAACUCGUGAUGGAGACAAAGUCACAUUUAGAUGUAUUACAACCGGUUCACCAACGCCGCUAGUGAAGUGGACGCGAGCAGACGGAGGGCUCCUACCGGGUGGUCUCGGUGCUGCCUACUAUGCAAACACAUUCGAAUUUGUGUUGACAGGUGCUCACGAUGCUGGACUGUACGUGUGCACUGCAGUCAACUCUGCUGGCCAGGCCAAAGAUUCGAGUCUCUGUCGAAGAUUUGUGUCUACGCUUCCUCCGACGACUGAAGCAAUGUCGCCAGCGACGGCAACGAUAGCUGAAACAAUUGAAGCGAAGAAACCAGGAACGACUCAACCUUCCUCGAUAGUCACUUCGCAAUCUCCAACAAGACGAUCAGCAGAACGCAAGCCUAUAUUCACCACCAGUCUACCUAUAACUUCAUCAUUGAAGGUAGGUGAUACUCUCAGGUUGGUCUGUGAGGCUACGGGCAUCCCAACACCGGACAUUGCGUUUCUAAAAGAUGGGAAGAAACCACCAUUGAAGUCGCGUAUCACUAUAAAGUCAAAGGCCGGUGUUGCAUCUGGUCGUCUUGUUUUACGUGACUUCACGAGUAAAGACGCGGGUGUAUACACAUGUGAAGCAAAAAACGCGCUUGGUAGACAAACAAGCGUUGCCACUGUUAACUUCUUAGAACAAUGCCAUGAUCCUGAUCUCUUGCAGAACCUGCCAAAGGGAACUGAGUAUCACAAAAUCGUGUCUAAUCCAAGCAGGAAGGCUUGCGCGGAUGUAGUUUUCAUUGUAGAUGAGUCACGAUCCAUGAAAGGUGAACACAACUGGUUGAAAUCGACAGUCCCCAAGUUAGAAGGGGAACUGAGAGGCAUCGGCAUAGGAGCAGGUGCAUUGAAAAAUCGAUACGGUCUCGUUGGUUUUGGGCAUUUAAUACUGCGUCCUGCUUUUGGGCUUACGUCUCUUAUACGUGUUGGUACUAGUUCCAGCCAAAUGGGAAGCGCUAAGGAAUUGGUUGCUGCUCUAAAGGAGCUGCGUUUGGAUGGUGUUUUGAAGGAUGGCUAUGCAGCUAUGGCUGUUGCUCUAGACAAGUUGAAGUUGAGAUCCGCCUGUGCCCCCCACUUUAUCUUGGUGACAGACAAAGAUCGAGACAUAUUCAAUACAACCACGAACUACAACUACAUGUUGGGUUGGCUGCAUAGUGCCGGAGUUACUCUCAACGUUGUUGUUGCUCACAAGUUUUUCAAGGAUAGAGAAAAGCUGCUAGGAAUGGACUCGAAAGGAAACGGAUUUGCUAAAGUCCGAGAGACGUACACUAAGAAGGCAUGGGCAUCUGUAGGACACGGAUAUGGAAACACGUUUGAUGAUUAUGUUCGAAUGGCGUUUGCCACUGAUGGUACCGCUUGGGAUUUGAAUCGGCUGAGGAGGAGAGGCAGUACAGCGACCGCGUUCACUGACGCAUUUAUCGAUAUCAGCGUGGAGGAUAUGCAGACCCAACUGCAACGUUGCCUAAGAUGUACUUGCGCGGACACACCAACGCCAACUUGCCGUGUGACCAAUAUCUUACCUAGUGAAUGCCCAGGUUUGAGAGGAAAGCUAGUAAAAGCCGACGGUACCGAUUAUGGUGCCACUGUUGUUACACCCAUUAGCAGCGGACGCCGGUACAGGUACUGCCAAUCUCAAUCGAUUUGGAACUGCUGGAGGGGAUCUCCCAUAGCUCAAGCCACAGGCAAUGAUGCUACAGCUGUCAAUGUCAAUGGAGUAAAUUUUAGAGACUUUGGCGCGUGCCACACCGCGCUCUUUCUAACAUCUCGAGCAAAAAAUACCAAUUUGUUCUUUACGUCCAUCAAAUGCUUUGUGUGUAGUUGUGUGUUGAACGAUUGGACUAGAUGGUCUGGCUGUAACGGAUGCGGAUACUCCAAGCAGUACCGCAAUCGCUAUGUGGCAAGAAGGGCAUCUUGCGGAGGCAGUCGCUGCUCAAGACUUCGACGUGAGUCGCAACGUUGCUACACCGGUCGCUGUUGUGGCGUUAACUGCAUUACAAACGAAUGGAGCAGCUGGGGAUUGUGUAGUGGCACUUGCGGAUCAUACGGUGUUCGGUACCGUCAGAGAAACGUCAGCCGGCAGAGUCAGUGUGGAGGACGAAACUGCAGCAAAUUAUUAAAGUCGCGACGUUGUAGAGUGGGAUGCCAACGCUUCAACUGCAUCAUGUCGGGAUGGUCCGGCUGGAGUACAUGCAGCAGUUUGUGUGGCAGAGGGCAGAGAAGAAGGUCUCGCUCUGUUCUGAGACAGCCCAGUUGCAGUGGCAGUGGUAGCCCAACUACUGGAGAGAUUCAGUCCUGCUAUCGAUACGUCAACCGCGAUUGUCAGGUAAACUCGUGGACCGGCUACGGUUUGUGCCUGCCGACGAAUGGUAGCUGCGGUAGUGGCAUCCAGUACAGAUACAGAAGUGUGAGGGUCACGCAGCAAUGUAGAGGAAGCGGUUGUCCAUCUUUGUCUCAGUCCCAAAGCUGUUAUGCUGGGUAUUGCCCUAUAAAUGGUCAAGCCUCGUGCGUGUUUAACAGAACCGUUCCGUCUGGGCAGUCGAUUCGCGUGUUUACGUUGACGAAGCGCGAUCCAAACGAAGGACGCGGGUCGGCCGACGUCGUGUUUAUCGUCGACGAAUCUCGUUCUAUGACGGCUGAGCACAGGUGGCUCAAAGACACGGUAAAGGUGCUCGAUGACAGUCUAAGAGGGGAGUUAGUUGGUGUGAAAGAACCGAAUCGAGACGCUCUUAUCGGAUUCGCUAAUCCCGAUCCGCUUUUAGCAAGGGGACAAAUUAUUGAAUUGAGUUCUGGCUCCGAUCCUGCUUUCGGUACUCCUUCACAGUUUGCUGCGGGUGUGGAUAAACUUGCGGAAAGGGGGAGUAAUGAAGACGGGUACGCCGCCAUGGCAUUUGCUCUUGAUAGUUGGUGUUUAGAGAAAGAGAAGAAACAGCGACAAUUUAUUCUCGUUACUGAUGAAGAGAGGGAUGAUUUAGACAAGUCUCUGACAUACAGAGCAAUGCUCGAUCGUUUGACUUUGGCAGGCGCGAAGCUUAACGUUGUCAUCAAACACUCGUUUGAAGUCUCUGAGAACGGAAGACAACUGUGGGCCCUUGGUUUGGACAGCAAGAACAACGCUUACAUCGCAGACGGUCGUAAACUGAGGGGAGGCUUUCCGGAGAGCGGAUACGAGAGCACAUAUGAAGAUUACGUCGAAAUGGCUUUCGCGCGUGAAGGUGCAGCGUGGGAUCUAAAACUGUUGCGUACCAACGACCCAGACAUUCGCAAAGUGUUUACAAAAGCUUUCGUUCAGGUGAAAGUGGAAGAGAUCAUGGAGCAAUUGAAUGGAACUUGUAAGGAAUGCAGAUGCACCAAUGGAAAGCCCAGUUGUGUUGUGAUUCGUGCCGCUACACGGGAAGAACAGUGUUACUCUGGCGUGGUCAAAGAUCUUGAUGUGACUAUUUUUCCCAUUUCGAGCGCCAAGAACGUGGGCAACAAGGCAAGUUUCGCUUGCAUCGUGUCGAACGUCGAUCUCCCUUCGUUCACUUGGAGUCCGAUUCCGUCGAACGCAUUCGUGAGAGAAACGAGCUGGUUUUUAGUUCCGUUACGCUUGAGAACGAAGGGCAAUACACAUGCGAGUCAAGAACAGCUACCGGACGUUACGGAAAAGCUACAGUGAGCAUGACAGUAAUUGAUCCAACUACAGAGCUUCUUAGAAAACUUUCGACGCCGUCGCCGUUUGUCAUCGAAGUGCUGCCGCCGACUUGCGUGCAGUUGAACCAACACCAACGUCAAAAAUUGGUGCUAAAUAACACUUGCUGUUUCGCUUUUAUCGUUAUGUCGAUGGUGUAUUAAAAGAGUUUUGUGUUUGCAUAUUCGGAAUUGCUUGUCCCAAAAUUUUCAUUUUACCUUAUCCUAGCGAUGAGAUGGCCGGUGUGAACACCAUCUUUCGAUGCAUGGUGAGGAAAGGAACGGUUGACACGUUUGUGUGGAGUCGCACUAGUGGCCAUUGGACUCUACCGAAUAAUGCAGUUGUGGAGGGAAACGUUCUGUCGUUUACGCCUCUGUUAGAGGGGAAGGAGGAAUUUAUAGGUGUAGUGCUAAGGAUUUUCUGGGGCGCCGUGUCAUUGCGUUUGCGAUGUUGACUGUUUGACCACUACGUAUGCUGAAUUUCGAUUUUUAUUAGAUUUGCGUUCAGUGUGUAGCGAGCUCGAGUUUGUGUGUAGAGAUAGUCGUGGAGGUGACUCCGGCGCGACCGCAGUUGUGUCCAGGGCAGACGGCGAAGUUGAAUUGCGCGACAAGACUGAGUGGAGUCUCUCGCAGCUGGACGGUCAACGACGUUGCUGUCUCUGACGACUUUGUGAGGGACGAUGGUCGACGGCUUGUCAUUCCUACCGUCACUGUUUCUGAUAACGGAACUUACAGAUGUCUGACUACUUUCGGAGCAUUCUUAGCGAACGAUACGGCAGAACUUAGGGUUGACGUGGUGCGUUCCACAGCAGUUGUUGCUCCGAAGUCCAAGACGGUUGAUUAAGGGAGUGAUGUUCAGUUCAACUGUAUUAUACAAGGAUGUCCCGCACCGGUGGUUCAGGGGUUUUCCGUCGGUCGACCGAGCCUACUUGACAAUGCUAGAGAAGAGAAUGGUCGUCUGUUUCUGACUAAUGUGCUGCUGAGAACACCGACUGAGUAUGUUUGCCAAGCUAGGUCUUUUUUUUGGUAUUUACGAAGACCGUGCGACGCUGGUAGUUCAAACUAAGUGUACUAGUUGUCCAGUUUUACGGAAUUAAGGACGCGUGAUAUGACGUCAGGU